AUGUCAGAUCCAACUCUUCAGCUCAAUCUCACUGCGCCUAAUGGAUUGAAAGUGUCUCUAAACUCGGGGCUGUUCGUUGACAAUCAGUUUGUUACUGCCAUCGGACAGAGUAAAAUCACACCUAUUGAUCCCGCUACUGGAACCGAGAUAUGUUGUGUUGAGUCGGGAUCCUCAGAAGAUGUCGAUCGUGCCGUGAAAGCCGCAAGAGCAGCACUCAAUCAUACAUCAUGGCGUGAUCUCUCAGGAUCUGAGCGAGGUUCGAUCAUUACAAAGUUCGCGGAUCUUAUUCACGACCAUCGAGAGAUGUUAGCCACCAUCGAGGCCUGGAAUGGCGGCAAAACGUACACCGCAGUCCUCCAGAUGGAAAUACCGGCUGCAGUGGGGUGCCUUCGUUACUACGCAGGGUGGGCGGAUAAGCUUCACGGCCAAACAAUUCCAACCCAUUCAAAGAAAUUUGCAUAUACAGUGAGGCAACCUAUCGGUGUAUGUGGCCAGAUUAUUCCUUGGAAUUAUUCCAUUCUCAUGGCUGCUUGGAAACUGGGCCCAGCCCUAGCUACCGGCAACACGAUUGUCCUGAAGCCCGCUGAACAAACGCCACUAUCAAUGCUUUACAUUGCCAACCUCAUUCCUCGGGCUGGAUUCCCUCCCGGAGUAAUCAAUGUCAUCAAUGGCUAUGGCAAGGAUGUCGGUCAUGCGCUGGCAAGCCACUUAGAUGUGGACAAAAUCGCAUUCACUGGGUCGACUGAAACUGGGCGUACGAUUCAGAAAAGUGCAAGCGUUAAUCUGAAGAACUUGACGUUAGAGACCGGGGGAAAAUCACCACUCAUAGUAUUUGAUGACGCUGACAUUGAGCAAGCAGCGCGGUGGGCUCACAUCGGCAUCAUGAGCAAUCAAGGUCAGAUUUGCACUGCCAACUCACGGUUGCUUGUUCAAUCAGGCGUAUACAAGCAAUUUGCGGCCCGGUUUGUUGAAAUUGUCAAGUCUUACAAAGUUGGCGAUCCUUUUGACUCCGAUACCUUUCAAGGACCGCAGAUCACAAGGGAGCAUUUGGAUAAGAUCUUAUCAUAUGUCGCAUCAGCGGAAGAGCAAGGUGCAACUUUGUUAACCGGCGGCAAGGCAUGCGAUCGAAAGGGAUUUUUUCUAGAGCCGACUGUUUUCCAGGACGUUACCCCGAGCAUGAGAAUUUAUCGCGAAGAAAUAUUUGGUCCUUUUGCGGCUAUUUCGUCGUUCGACAACGAGGUAGAUGCUAUUCGGAUGGCAAAUGAGACGGAGUUUGGACUGGCUGCAUCUAUUUUUACAAAGGAUAUGCAAAGGGCGCACCGAGUUACCUCGCAGCUCGAAGCGGGCAUGGUAUGGAUCAACUCGUCGACAGAUUCGGAUUUCCGCGUUCCAUUUGGCGGCGUGAAGCAAAGCGGGGUGGGCAGGGAAUUGGGCGAGGCUGGAUUGGAAGGGUACAUGCAAACGAAAGCUGUUCAUGUCAACGUGGGCCUUGAAAUAUAA